GGUAAAAUCAAUAUUUCUUUUUUUCGAGUGUUUCCCUAACAUGACAAUUUACCUUAAAGAUAAAUCUGAGUGUAUAGUUCUACGAGUUUAAACACCAUUCCGCGGUCACCAGGUUUGGUAGUUGACAAUAUUUUUAUAUACAUGCACUGUAACUUCACGACGUCAUUUUGUCACGGGUCAUGCACAUCUUGAUUUGUGUACAGAGGGAUACUGUUCAUGUGUUAUCAGUUACACAUUUCAUCGAGGGAGAGUUAAUUGGAAUGGCGAUAAAGAUAUUGAAAUAAUUACCAUGGACAUCAGUUAUAAAAGGAAAACGUGUCAUGAAGAUUAUGAAAUACUAGAGGACAUUUCUUACGAGACGCCGGAUAAAACGUCUCAUAAGUCUGUCUUCGACCUGUACCUUCCGAGGCAUGGGGCGGAUCUAAGAAACCCUUCGCCGUCUCCGGUCGCGGUGUUUGUUCACGGUGGAGGGUGGCGCCGCGGUGAUAAGGACACAUGGAAGCAUUUUGUGUUUGAAGACGUGAACUUAUUGGUGGCGUUCGUGUACUGGUACUUUGGUCUGUACGGGAAUGUGGGGAGGGAGUUCGCUCGGAGGGGAGUCCCGUGUGCUGUAAUAUCCUACCCCCUCACAAAACUGAAAAUCCCGUGGCUGUUCUUAGAACUAGCGACGUCACACGUGGGGACUGUGAUAUUCCUGGGUGUGUUACUCUGUUUGGUGAUUGGUGCAGUGGCUGUGAUUGAUUUUCUGACACCUGUAAGUCUUGUGUACUCACCGAUAUCACACGAACAUCGUGAUCUCAGACGCUUUCCUGUGUCAGGACUAAUUCUUGGUCACCUCGUCCUGGUCAACCUGGUCACUCUAGUGGUAAUCUCGGUCCAGCGAUCUAAACACAGAUUACAUUCCUUGCUGAUUGGAGGCUUCUGGGUGGUCAUUCUCGGUCUCCUUUAUGCAGCAGUACGAUUCGAACACAGCCUUUUGACUGCCUGGUUGUCCACUUUUGUUUUAGUUCAGGGAACUUUGCUGUAUUUGAACUUAAAUUCAAAGGACCACACACACGAAGAUCAAAUCACAGCGUUAUCAAAAUGUAUCAAGAAAGUUUAUGAAUUGGGGAGGGACACAGCUUACUACGACUAUACCUCCAUUUACUUGAUUGGACAUUCUGCGGGGGGCCAUCUUUGUUCGCUUCUCGCUCUUCGUCAAGACUCCCUGGAAGAUGUGGGUGUAGAGUCCUCCAAUAUAAAGGGUGUGGUAGCUAUAUCCGCAGUCCUACACGUGGAGAAGCUAAACAUUCGUACUGUCCGCCCACUGUACCUUCACCCGACAUUCGGCAAGGACCCCGAUAUUUGGUCAUCCGCCUGCCCAAUGAGUCACCUCCAAAACAAAAUGCUGUCAUAUCUCCCAAACUUUUUGGUGAUCACUGCCGAGAAGGACUGGCACCUCCAACAGGAGGCGACCAUGUUUGCCAAGGAGCUGGAGAGCUGGGAUGUCCAUCAACAGAAAGUGGUGUUUCCCCAGACCUCGCACCUGUCCAUCAUCUGUUACUUUGACCGUCACUGUAAAGUCCUAAAGACGAGUGUCGCGAACCUCUGUGUUCAAUUCAUAAAACACACCAACAGUUUAACGUGUGACACAGACGUGAAAAAUGCGAUACGAUACUGAAUAAUAAAUGUGAUAAUAUCACCCUCACUGUC